CAACUAACUUCAGCCCACUGCCUCGCCAUGGGGCUCACUCUCCUGGCCCCGCUAGCCAUGGGGCUCCUGGCCCUGAGCUGCUGGGCUGCACCACUCCACUCCAAGCCCCAGGCUGUGAUCACUUUCCCGGGGGAGCUGGUCAGUAAUCGGACGGAUCUGCAGCUUGCAGAAAGCUACCUCCUGCGCUUUGGCUACACGGAGUCCGAGGGGCAGACCCGCAGCAGGCAGCUCUCCAUGGGCAAGGCGCUCAGGAGGAUGCAGAAACAGCUGGGCCUGGAGGAGACGGGGGAGCUGGACGCCAGCACGUUGGAGGCCAUGCGAGCCCCUCGCUGCGGCGUCCCCGACGUGGGCAGAUUCCUCACCUUCGAAGGAGACCUCAAGUGGGAUCACAAUGACCUCACUUACCGGGUAAUAAACCACUCCCCAGACCUGGACGCCUCUGUGAUAGACGAUGCCUUUGCACGAGCCUUCAAGGUGUGGAGUGACGUGACCCCGCUCACCUUCACCCGGCUGCAGAGCGGCGAGGCCGACAUCAUGAUCCAGUUUGGCACCGAGGAGCACGGUGACGGGUAUCCGUUUGACGGGAAGGACGGACUUCUGGCCCACGCUUUCCCCCCUGGCAAAGGGGUUCAGGGAGAUGCCCACUUCGAUGACGACGAGUUCUGGACGCUGGGAACAGGGAUAGUGGUGAAAACCAGCUACGGGAACGCCAACGGGGCCGCCUGCCACUUCCCCUUCACCUUCGAGGGACAGUCCUACUCCACCUGCACCUCAGAGGGGCGCUCCGACGGGCUGCCCUGGUGCGCCACCACCCCCAACUAUGACACGGACAAGGUCUACGGCUUCUGCCCCAGCGAGCUUCUCUACACCUAUGACGGCAACAGCGACGGUGCCAAGUGCGUCUUCCCCUUCAUCUUCGAGGGGAAGUCCUACGAUGCCUGCACCACAGACGGGCGCUCUGACGGCUACCGCUGGUGCGCCACCACCGCCAGCUUCGACCAGGACAAGAAAUACGGGUUCUGCCCCAACAGAGACACAGCUGUGAUUGGCGGGAACUCCCAGGGCGACCCGUGUGUGUUCCCGUUCACCUUCCUGGGCCAGACGUACAGCGCAUGCACCAGCGAGGGGCGGCAGGACGGGAAGCUCUGGUGUGCCACCACCAGCAACUAUGACACCGACCACAAGUGGGGCUUCUGUCCCGACCAAGGUUACAGCCUCUUCCUGGUUGCUGCCCAUGAGUUCGGCCAUUCUCUGGGCCUGGACCACUCGAGUGUCCGCGAGGCCUUGAUGUACCCCAUGUACAGCUACAUCAAGGACUUCCACCUGCACCCAGACGAUGUCAGCGGCAUCCAAUUCCUCUAUGGCCAGGGCUCUGGUCCUGCACCAACGAUCCAGGUGCCAGACAUCCCUGACCAGGCAACCACGCAAGCCGCGGACACCACAACCACAGCAGAGCCUGACACAGCCACAGAUGACGACUAUCCCUUGCCAACUGAGCCCAGCCCUGUGGACCCCAGCAGUGAUGCCUGCAAAGUGAAUUCCUUCGACGCCAUCACCGAGAUCAACGGGGAGCUGCAUUUCUUCAAGGGCGGGAAUUACUGGAAAAGCUCCGUAUCCCGGAAGGGGGCGAUUCAGGGCCCAUUCCGGAUCUCGGCCACAUGGCCGGCGCUCCCGGCCCUCAUCGAUGCCGCCUUCCAGGACCUGCUCACCAAGAAGCUCUUCUUCUUCUCGGGUCGGCGUUUCUGGGUGUACACGGGCAGCAGCGUGUUGGGCCCCCGCGGGAUUGAGAAGCUGGGCAUCGGUAAGGAGGCAGAGCGGAUCUCAGGAGCCCUGCAGAGGGGGCGCGGCAAAGUGCUGCUCUUCAGUGGGGAGAAGUACUGGAGGCUGGACGUGAAAGUCCAGAAGGUGGACAAGGGCUACCCACGUCUUACUGAUGACACCUUUGCCGGCGUGCCCCUCAAUGCCCACGAUGUCUUCCUCUACCAAGGAAAGUACCACUUCUGCCAGGACCGUUUCUACUGGCGAAUGACCCCGCGCUACCAGGUGGAGCGGGUGGGCUACGUGAAAUACGACAUCCUGAACUGCCCGGAGCAGUAGGGCCCAGGCGGCUUCACCUGCACCAGAGCCAACUGGCGCCUCUCCCCGCCAGCGGCUCGUUCAUCCCUGCACCAG